AUGCUUGGAGGAAGCAAAAGGUCCAACAGCAGCACCUUCAAUGAGUUCCUCCUCAUGGCAUUUGCAGACACCUGGGGGCUGCAACUCUUGCACUUUGCAUUCUUUCUGGACAUCUACCUGGCUGCCCUCCUGGCCAACGGCCUCAUCAGCACAGCCAUAGCCUGCAACCACCGCCUCCACACCCCCAUGUACUUCUUCCUCCUCAGCCUCUCCCUCCUUGACCUUGGCACCAUCUCCACCACUGUCCCCAAAUCCAUGGCCAAUUCCCUGUGGGACACCAGGGCCAUUUCCUACUCAGGAUGUGCUGCACAGGUCUUUCUGUUGGCCUUUUUCUUGUCAACUGAGUAUUCUGUUCUCACAAUCAUGGCCUAUGACCGCUUCAUUGCCAUCUGCAAACCCCUGCAUUACAAGACCAUAAUGGGCAGCAGAGCUUGUGUCAAAAUGGCAGCAGCUGCCUGGAGCAGUGGAUUUCUCCAUGCUCUCCUGCACACUGGAAACACAUUUUCAAUACCACUCUGCCAAAGCAAUGCUGUGGAGCAGUUCUUCUGUGAAAUCCCACAGAUCCUCAAGCUCUCCUGCUCAGACUCCUACCUCAGGGAACUUGGGGUUCUUGUGGUUAGUGUUUGUUUAGGCUUUGGAUGUUUUGUUUUCAUUGUUGUCUCCUAUGUGCACAUCUUCACUGCUGUGCUGAGGAUCCCCUCUGAGCAGGGCCAGCACAAAGCCCUCUCCAUGUGCCUCCCUCACCUGGCCGUGGUCUCCCUGUUUGUUGUCACCGCAAUGUUUGUCUACCUGAAGCCUCCCUCCAUCUCCUCCCCAUCUCUGGAUCUGGUGGCAGCUGUCCUGUACGCAGUGGUUCCUCCAACAGUGAACCCCCUCAUCUACAGCAUGAGGAACAAGGAGCUCAAGGACACACUGAAGAAACUCAUUCAAUUAGUACUGUUUCAGCAGCAAUGA